CCAACCCGCCCGUAACCCGUUUGCCCUUUCAGUCUUUCACGGACACUAUUCUAAUUUCUAAGCGCCCAAAAAAUAUCAGAAACACAACACAAACAGAUGAGAUAAACUGAUAGCAGAUUGGCAUAGUUGAGACUUUGAGAGAGCUUAUAGUUUGCCAUGAAACCUUAAAAAAGCAGCCAUGGAACAAGCUCUCUCUUCCUCAACCAUAAUCUCUACAACACAAAUAUUUCCACUCAAACCUCUCAAAACCCAUCUCCAAACUCCAACAAUAAACCUCAAAUUCUCCAUUUCUCCAAAGAAAAACAACCACCUUCAUCUUUCUUCUUUUUCUUCUUCUUCUCUAUGUUUCUCUAAUAAAGCAAGUGCCACUUCAACGACAACACCACCGGCAUUAACUUCCACUCCCAGUAGUGACAACCACCAUUGGAUGGUGCUCAUGGAGGCUCCUCCACAAGGGGUCAAUUCCAAACCACAAGUUAUUGAAUUCUAUGUUAAGACAUUGGAAAGAGUUUUAGGCAGUGAGAAGGAUGCUCAGAUGUGUAUAUAUGAUGCUUCUUGGGAUACCCACUUCGGCUUUUGCUGUGACAUUGAUGAAGAAACCUCCCGUGAACUUGCCGGAUUACCCGGCGUUUUAUCAGUUAGGCCUGACCCAGAUUAUAGUUCUGUGAAAAAGGAUUAUAGUUUUUCAAGUAUUCAAUCCAGUUAUCUGUCAAGCUCACAAAUUGGAAGUAAUCUGUUGUUUCCCGUGGGGAGUACCAAACACUGGCUUGCUCGAAUGGACAAACCAGGGAUUGGAGUUGUUACAAAGGCUCAAAUGGUUGAUUAUUAUGCUCAAAUACUAACCAAGGUUUUGGGGAAUGAGAAAGACGCACAAAUGUGUAUUUAUCAUGUUUCUUGGCAGUCCAACUUUGGGUUCUGUUGUGAACUUGAUGAUGAAUGUGCACGGGAACUAGCUGGUGUACCAGGUGUAUUAUCUGUUCAGCUAGAUAAGAAUUUUGAGUCAGAGAAUAAGGAUUAUGGAGGUAAUAAUCUACAGAGUUCCACAGAUCUGCCAGAUCCUUCAGAAGCAAGUCAAACAACCCCUAUAAAAACAAAGAAACUAUUCGUUACAGGGCUGUCAUUUUACACAUCUGAGAAAACCUUACGUGCUGCAUUUGAAGGCUUUGGUGAGCUUGUUGAAGUUAAAAUUAUAAUGGACAAAAUUUCCAAAAGGUCCAAAGGUUAUGCAUUUAUAGAGUACACUACAGAGGAGGCUGCUAGUGCAGCACUCAAAGAGAUGAAUGGCAAGAUUAUUAAUGGCUGGAUGAUAGUUGUUGAUGUUGCCAAGACUAAUCCACCAAGAUACAGCAGGGGUCGCCCUAGAUAGGAAUUUUGACAAGAGAACAAUUACUGAUCCACUGUCUUCAAGGUCAAGCAAGAUAUUCAGGCUACUGCUCUCAAGGUGUCGGACUAUUCUCAUACUGCCACCUAAAUUUUGUUCGAUUAGUACCUGCAAGAGGCAAGAGCCUUUAUCAGCUCCAGAUCUUCAACUGAAGCACUAGUCGUUCACAUUGAGUUUUUAGUCAUUAAUAUAUUAUGUGCGCCUCUGUGUGUGUGUGUGUAUAUAUAUAUAUAUGUAGUCUGUGAACGUCUAUUAUGUUGCAUGCUCUUUGAAGGGGGAAAUGAAAUGCUCUAUACUCAAAAGUUUCAUGUCAGCAUUAUAUGAUGCAUUUGUUAUCUUUUUCUUUGGUACAUUAAAUACUAUAAUUUUGAAGACAUUACUUACAUGUA